CCUUCACCCCCGCAGUUGCCCAGCGAGUGCAUAGAAACAAGAGCAAUUAAAGAAGCAGAAAGUCCGAUGAGCUAACGUCUCGUUUCUCGUUUCGUUUGCACGCCAGUAAAGAGAAAAAAGUAACAUGCGGGAAUUAAGGCGCUAAUGCGGUCGAUAAACCAUUGAUACCAUGGCGGGGGAUGCCGCAUCUCUGUCUGCCCUUGAAGGACUUAUGAAAGAGUUUUUCUCAAAUGAAACCAGUAACGGACGCAAACAUGAAAUUGAGCAAGUCCUCCACGCAUUUAGCAGUCAGCAUGGUUCAUGGCAACACUGCUUGUACUUUUUGGCUCAUUCAGCCGAUCCAUACGUCUGCAUGUACUGUUUGACUACUAUUGAGACUGUUAUAAACAAACAAUGGUCAGCUUUAGCCUGGGAAGAAAGAGCUCAACUAAGGACAGCACUCUACCAAUUAUUAUUGCAAAGGCAUACAUCUGUUGCAACAUUUGUUAGAAACAAACUAGUCAAGCUUGUGGUUGAUGUUGCUCGAUUAGAUUGGCCACAUUUUUAUCCUGAUUUUCUUACAAAUAUUAUCCAACUGUUGCAAAAUGCAGAUACAGUUACAUUAGGCCUCGUCUUUGUUCAAACCUCUUCUGAAGAGCUUAUAUCAUCUAGGGAAGAUUUAAGUGUUUCUCGAAGAGAAGAACUGCGUAGAUUACUUCUUCAAUAUGUUCCUCAGCUCUUUGCCAUCCUCACAGGUGUUCUUGAGGAAGCCCAGCAGUCUGAGGGAAGUGCUAAUCGCAGAGGUAGUUCAACUGGAUCUGUUGGAGCCCCUGCUGUGACCGCUACACCUCCCCCAAGCCCUACCCACGGUCAGCCCCACUCAGCAUCGCCUCCCGGCUCUUUGUUAAGCUGCAUGCUAUCUUCAGGUGGAAGAGGAAGCAGCACAGGGGUUGUUAGAUUAGCUCUUGAGGCACUCUCACAUCUUCUCUCAUGGGCACCCCUAGGCGAACAUGUUUCAACUGCCUUAACAUCCGCAAUAUUCUACUGGAUACAUGCUCACCACUCUGUUCAUGCUAGUAAUACAGACACAAGUUUAAGUGCCUUGGCAAUGGCAACCAUUAAUGAAAUAUUUUACAAAAAGUGUGUCCCAAAUGAAUGGGAGGAUAGUCUACUAGGACUUUGUGAACAAGCUCUGGCGUUAAGUCAUGAGUUAAUUAAUCAUAUUGAGAAUCUUUCGGAAGACCUUAUUGAGAAGCUGCUGGACUUCCUGAGAUUAGUUGUAAGUCAGCAUCUACAUCGUUUGGAGAAAAGUCCGAAGUGGCUAGUGUCCCAGCUUUUGUCCCUGCUGUUGCGUUUCACUUUUCAACAGCCUCAUUUAGAUGGCUAUUACCAGUGCCUUGAAAUUUGGGAACAGCUUUUAGAAUACCUUCAACAACGUCAGAACAGUCAACUCAAUGCCAGAUACCAAGAGGCCCUAGUAUUGCUGGUCGGCCAAGUUUUAAAGAAAAUGCAAUUUCGUCAAAAUAGAAAUGAACUUUUGAACCUUGAUGAUGAAACUCUGGAUGAUGAUGGUGAGACAGAGUGGCAAAGGUUUCUGAGAGAGAGUAUAGAAAGCAUUGCCAAAGUAGCAGAGCUUGCACCUCUUCACAUUUAUGCUCUUGUGCUUGAACCAUGGAAAGAAGUGUGCUCGGAAUACACUCAUUUAUGCUCUGAAAAAGUUGUGACAAAUGCUGACCUGCAGCAUUCUGUUCGAGAUUUGGCGUCAUUAACUCAGGCGAUUGGUCGGUUUUGCCCUCAUUUCACCGGGGAGAGCUUCAUGGCUGGUAUUCAGCAAGCUCAGCAGCUGGUGCAGGGUCUAGUUGCCAUGGCAGCACUAGCAACUAAGCUUCGACCUCAUCAUUGGUCUCUCUCUCCUUCCACCAUCUCAAGAAAUUUAUUACUUGUACAUGCCCAAGUCCUUGCAGCCUUAAAAGCGUGGAGCCAUUGGGUUGCUCAGAUGCAAGCAAGCUCAGUUGAUCAUGCACUCGUUGAUCGUCUAAUAAAUGAUAUGGUUCGAGCCACUGUGGCGUUACUCCAGGACCAUAACGAGCCUUCAACUCUCAAACACGCUGCUGCCCAUCUCCUCCUUACUCUGGCAGGGACUGUCAAGUCCAGUCAGCUGUGGAAUAUGGAGCAAGUACGAAGCCUCUACAGUGAUCCUCUCUCUCACCUCCAAUCGUCUACUCAAAGUGUUGUUCGCCAAGCACUCUGCAGUGCAUUGGUUGUUGUUGGCAAUGAGGAUUGUUGGGAAGAGAGGCAUAAACUGAUGUCCAUGCUCUUGGAAGCAAUGACCUCUGAUCUUCGUAGAUUGGCAACUUCUGGAGCCCAUAAUGCACAGGAGGCUGCACCAGUGAUAUCACGAACAUUCCGACAGUUAGGAGAACUUGUAGAAAACUCUCAAGCAGAAAAUACAUGGGGUAGGAAGUUACUGUGUUCAUCUUUACAGACAUGUCUGGAGCAGUCCUUGAUUUUAUUCCCAUCUUAUGUGAGUGAUGCUGAAGUUAGUGAACAAGUCUUACACUUUUUCCUGGCCUCAUUUGGCACUCUUCAAGUCCAACUUGGUGCUACAUUUACACAACAAGCAGUUCACACAUUCUUAGAAUGUUUCACCAGGGAACAGCUCUCUGUUUGCUUGCUUCAAGAAAAAUGUGGUGGUGUUGAAAAAUUUCUUCAUAUUUUGCAACUCAUUGUGACACAACCAGGUGUGGCAUUUAAACACUUCAUUCCAUCCAGCAUAACUCUUUGUAUGGAUCACAUAUACCCAGUUAUUGUGGAUCACCCAGCUCCUUCAAUCAAGCCUGCUCUGUUCCAACUUCUAUUUAGCAUUUUAUUGCACAAGUGGCAAUAUUUUUACUCUGGUCAGUUACAAAAUGCCAGUGUGAGGUCUGAGCACAAGUCAGAACUUCUUUCUAUCCUGAAUGCAUUUGGCCAAUCUCUGCUCCAGUCUGACAUAAAUGUUUUUCGUCAAAAUCUGCAUAAUUUAGAAGUUUUAAAUAAUCGAUGGAAACUCUACCAUAAGGCUGAAUUUUGUGAGGGACUGCUUCCAAGAUUUUUGUCGGUGCUCUUAGAAACACUUGUGAACAAAUCCCACGCUCUCUUAAGUGAAGACAUUGCUGUUGCUGUGUUUAACAUGGCGAGUGUCGAUUUUAGUUUCUUUUUUUCAUCCUUUCUGCCAGAGUUUCUACAAACAUCUGAAGGAUUAGAUGACUCUCAAAGGGUUCUUUUACUUCGAAAUUUCAACAAUUCCACUGAUUUGCCAUCAUUUACACAAAAUGUUUCUCGUUUGACUAAUGAUAUGAGGUGUUACAAACUUUGCAACUCGUUUCUACCUGCGGGCAGUAUUCAGCUUUGAAAAGCAUCAUCUCGACCGAGUUACUUGCAAGUUCAACAAGUCUGCUCAAAAUUUUAUUGUUUUUUUUUUUGUUUUUGUUUUUAUUGGAUCCAGUCAAAAUCACUUUCAAGUGUGUGUUGGAUCAUUUCAAUUAAUGGAAGUGGGGCAUAUUUCCUGAACUGCUUAAAAUGUAAUUGUAUGAUACUGAUUUCUGUGAUUUUUGACUCUGUAUUCGUUUUUUACUGUGCCAUUUUAUUGUAUUACUACUGUACAUUCUCUCGAGAGAAUCUAUCAUGGUACUUCCAUCAAAAUUUACCAACUUUGCUAUUAGACUCUCUUGAUUUAUGUCUUUGAUGAUUUUAUUUUAUGAUUGUUGUUAAAGAUAGAGCGAUUUUUGGCAGUUCGUUGUAUGAACUCUUCAACUGCCAAAUGUUGCUUAACAUGUUCUGUUAAAAUCUUUCUUUAGAGGUUUAACUGCAGCUCUGCAGUCGUUAGUAUUAAUGAAAUGAGCGGAGCUGCCAAUGAACAGGAAUAUUCUUAUUGCAUAUUAUAAAAUUAAUGAGCUGUUCCAAUCUCUUUGUAUCUCAUUAAAUGACUACAGAUCUUGACUCCAAUUAACAUAUAGUCUGCCAGUGGUAAGUCUGCCAUACACAUAUUUAUUAAUGAAUUUUGGACCAUGUUGCAUAGUUUUAAAUCCAAAGCUUCAUAAUUCAGGCUUAUGCAUUAGUGUGGUUUGAAAAUGUUUGCCAGUUUGCCUCUCAUUCUAAGGUCACAACAAGUUCUGAUGGAUUUAAGGCUGAACAUUCAAUAUUCAGUGGUGUAAGGCAAUACAAAUUUAACCGGGAGUUUUGUACAUGUAUUUAUUCAUUAACUGAGACUGUUUGUAAAGAAUCUUUGAGCGUUUUUAUCAUUUUCUUUUUAAUGUAAGGUGAGACAAUAAUUUAUUUAAUUUUCUUGCCUUGAUAGAAGGGACCACAACAAUGGUGGCAAACUGGUAGUAGUCAGGUCACUGGAGGAUUGAGAGCUUAGUUGGUUUUGAUGAAUUUUUUUCUCAGAAUAAAAAUACCUGUUUUUGGUUUGUUGUUACAUGACUGUUAUGAUCAAUAAUGAAUUCAGUAUUAGUUUUAAUGCUUCAUUCAAUUCCUAAGAUUCUAACAUCAUUGUGAAUGAAACCAGUCACUCCUAAAAGUUUUUUCUACUGAAUGGAAUCCAUAGGAAAUGAUGUGGAUUAGAAUCUUAACUGUUUUUGUUGGGCAAUAAUUUAUCAAAUUCGUGUUUUGUAAAUAAUAUGGUACAAAGGGAGAGAGUUUCCUAUAAAAUGUCCCUUGUGCUGUUUUCCUCUUUGGUAGAUUUUUUUACUUUUGAACAUUUUGUAUGUUGUCUUGUAAUAAAAAUAUAUCGUCGAA